ACAUAAAUACUUAGUAUGCCUUUUUGCUAACAACAGUGUCGUCGCAGUGUGUAAAUAAAAACUUUGAAAAACAAAACUGUAACAAUAAUUUAAUUGUUGCCCUCGCAUUACCAAAGCGCGCAGACGAACAAAAACAGGAAAUAGCAAAAGGAUAAAGGCAAAAACACACACAUAAUAAAUAAUGUGCAACUAGUGGUGGGUCGUCUGCAUCUGCAUCAAGGAUUUUGAGAACUCUAGACGAGCACAUAGCUCUUGUUGAGCUUGGCUUGCUGGAAAAUGAAUCUUGAAUCACUGUUUCGUGACUUUAAUCCAUGUAAAUUUAUCGUGCACUGCAGUUUAUUUACGUUCGUAACGCUGUUUGCAUUGCGCCUCGAUGGUUACAUAGAUUGGCCAUAUUGGGCCAUUUUUACGCCAUUAUGGAUCUGGAAGUGCACCGCCAUCUUGGGCGCCAUUGUGGGUGCCAUUGUUUGGUGCCGUUAUCCACACUAUCGCCUAGAAGGCGAUUCAUAUACACAAUUCAAGGCGAUGCUCAUCUCGCUGUCGUUACACUUGAUACUGUUAAUGUUCGAGCUGCUCGCAUGCGAUAAACUGACUUCAGAGCGCCAUCUAUGGGUGCUGGUAUUUAUACCGCUGAUCUUUGGCUCUGUAGUCAGUGUGGGCGCUUGUGUUUGGGCCGUUAAACACGAUCGCUCCUUCGAGCUGGAAUUGUUUUUGGCCGUGAAUGCGCUGCAAUUUGUAUCGCUGCCGCUGAAGCUGGAUAAAUUCGUCUAUUGGCAUUGGGAUGUGGUGUUUGUGCCCAUGUGGAUUGUGAUAUGCUUGAGCCUGGUCAGUGUGCUGUACAACAUCAUAUUCUGUGGCAUUAUGAUGCGCACUCCGGAAGUGUCGUUGCAACAGAAGAAGGCAGCGCUCAAUGCGGCCGUUGGCAACAUUUGCACCGUUCUGCCGCUGCUCUGCUUUCAGGUGGUCAUUUGCGAUAAACUGGAUGGCGAAAUCAAAUUUCCAUAUAUUGUGGUAUUUGCACCGUUGCUCGUCUCAAUACUUGCUCUGAUUAUCCUCAGCUUUACGGCCAAGGGUGGGAACAUGUGGUGGUUUGGCAUACGCAAAUCGUUUAGCCAAUUCCUCUUGUCAGCGAUGCCGUUCCUGCAGGAAUACGGCAACAUUAGCUAUCACGCCGAGACGCAAAGCAAUGCGGGCCAAUCGGUGCCCUUGGAUGCAUCGUCGUCGUCCACCAGCAAUAUGGCAGCAGCGGCAACGGAGCCGUUGCACGAGUUUAGCAAGCACGACAAGAAGAGCAAGAAGGCGGCAAAGAAUGAUAUUAUGAAGCCCGUGGUGCCGUUCAUCAGCAUUGAUUUACCCGAUUAAAAGGGUCAAGAGAGAGAGAGAGUGUGGCAAACAACAAAAUGGAAAGAGAGAUACCGAGACACAGUUAGAGAGAUGUAAUGCAAAACAAAAACGCCGCACAACUAAUACUAAUUAUAAUUAUAACACACACAUACACACCCGCACACAUACAUAGAUAUAUAUGUAACACCUGCUAUUGGGUGUUUAGCUUUAGGCAUACGCAUACAUACAAAACAUAUACAUAUACAUAUACAUUUACAUAUUCAUAUACAAACACCAAAACAUUGGCCGUCGCUAAUUCGUACUGAAUUUUAAUUUGUAAGCCUCUCCGUCACCUUUUUACAUCCCAGCCUGACACACACAUACACAUGCAUAUAAUAAGUGUACAUAUACAUACAUAUAUAUAUAU